UCUGCCCAAGUUGCUCCUUUCCUUACUCCUUCUCCACUCCCUUUAAAUCCUCCACCAGCCAUCUUUCUUUUUCUCCCCUAACUCUCUCUCUCUCUCUCUCUCUCUCUCUCUCUCUCUCUCUCACAGAUUCAAACCAAAAACAAAAUACAAAGAGAGAGACUCAGAAUCAUGGAAAUGGAACAAAACCAGAUAACCAGAUGGGAAGGUUAUGUGAAUUGGAGGAACAAGCCUGCUGUCAGAGGCCGCCAUGGUGGCAUGCUUGCAGCCUCCUUCGUUUUGGUGGUGGAGGUAUUGGAGAAUCUGGCAUAUCUAGCCAAUGCAAGCAAUUUGGUGCUGUACAUGAUUCAGUACAUGCAUAUGUCCCCUUCAAAAUCUGCCAACAAUGUCACAAAUUUCAUGGGAACUGCUUUCCUCCUUGCCCUCCUUGGAGGUUUUCUGUCUGAUGCUUUUUUCACAACUUAUCAGAUAUAUCUGAUCAGCGCAGUGAUUGAAUUCCUGGGAUUGAUUAUACUGACUGUACAAGCUCGUGUGCGUUCACUGAAGCCUCCAGCAUGUGAUCCAAGAACUCCAUGCCAUGAAGUUAGUGGUGGGAAAGCAGCAAUGUUAUAUGCUGGACUUUAUUUGGUGGCUCUUGGAGUUGGAGGAAUUAAGGGGUCAUUACCUGCACAUGGUGCUGAGCAAUUUGAUGAGGCUACCCCAUCUGGAAGAAAGCAAAGAUCAACCUUCUUCAACUACUUUGUCUUUUGCUUAUCUUGUGGUGCCCUUAUUGCAGUUACAUUUGUAGUGUGGGUUGAAGACAACAAAGGGUGGGAAUGGGGUUUUGGAAUCGCUACUAUAAGUAUAGUUCUGUCUAUCCCUGUAUUCUUGGCAGGCUCUGCUACUUAUAGGAGCAAGAUACCUUCUGGAAGUCCACUCACAACCAUUUUCAAGGUUCUAGUUGCUGCUUCACUAAGCGGCUGCUUCAAUAGAAAUUCUAGCAGUGCAGUGGUGAAUAUGAAUUCAAGCCCUUCUAAUCUAAUCUCGGGUAGAAAACAAGAAGGAAAAGAAGCUGGCAUUGCAAACAAGGAAAGACAAGACCCAACAAAUACCCUGAAAUUUCUCAAUAGAGCUCUUGAAAAGAAUCCAAUGUGUUCAUCAGUGGAAUGCACUGUGGAGCAAGUUGAAGAUGUGAAGAUAGUGCUAAAAGUACUACCCAUAUUUGCUUGCACCAUUAUGCUAAACUGCUGCCUGGCCCAACUAUCUACAUUCUCUGUUGAACAAGCUGCAACAAUGAACACCAAACUAGGUUCACUGAAGGUGCCACCAUCCUCUUUACCAAUCUUCCCAGUGCUCUUCAUCAUGAUCCUAGCACCAGUGUAUGACCACAUCAUCAUACCAUUUGCAAGAAGAGUGACCAAAACAGAGAUGGGAAUUUCUCACCUCCAAAGAAUUGGAAUUGGAUUAGUACUCUCUAUAGUGGCUAUGGCAGUGGCAGCUGUUGUUGAAGUUAAAAGGAAAAGGGUGGCAACCCACUCAGGCCUUUUAGAUGAUGCAACCAAACCACUCCCUAUCACAUUCUUUUGGAUUGCUUUCCAGUACUUGUUCCUUGGAUCAGCUGAUCUUUUCACCUUGGCUGGAUUGUUAGAAUUUUUCUUCACAGAAGCACCCUCUAGCAUGAGAUCGUUGGCCACAUCACUCUCUUUUGCCUCUUUGGCUGUGGGAUACUACCUAAGUUCAGCGAUUGUAUCAAUAGUAAAUAGUGUCACUGGCAAUACCUCACACAGACCAUGGCUAUCUGGGGCCAACCUUAACCACUAUGACCUAGACAGGUUUUACUGGCUUAUGUGUGUGCUAAGUGCGUUGAACUUCUUACAUUACCUGUUUUGGGCUAUCAAAUACAAAUAUAGAGGGACAGGAACUUCAACUGGAUGAAGAAAACAAAGGAAAAAUGUUUUCAAAUGGUAUAUACAUAAGGCCUUAAGUUUACAAGGCCAUUCAUAAAAAUCUUUUCGCGUGAUUCCUAGCAAUAGAAAUGUAAUAGAGUGAAAGAGAGAGAAUCUCUCUGUCAGAUAGCAAGGGAAAAAAAGUUACUAAAAAAAGUAAGAGAGGGUUCAUCGUGUGUAUCAAAUGCGCUUUCACUAAGAGUAGGUUUUGGUGAGAGCAAAUGACUUGCACGUGUCCUUACUCAGCUUGUCAAUUUAUUUAGUGAUACGUGUCUUUUA